AUGGAUUUGUCUUGGUCGUCGGAACACAAAGCCGAUGCUACCACCGUGUUACAGAACUUACAAAAUGAAGUAAAGAAGAAUAUCAACGAUUUGUCUACAAAUGUACAUCAACUUGACAGUGUCACUGCUGCAUUAAAUGAAGGCAAAACAACGUUUGAACAGAUAUUGUGUGAUUCCUGCAAGACGGCUAUAGAUUCUAAAUACAAAGAAUUGCAUUCAGGACAAGACGAAUCUAUCAAAAAGAAGAAAUAUUUGAAGUUACCACCAGAACGUCAGCGGAUAGUGAAUGAAAUCACUAAAGUUUUCAUGCAAUUAGAACGCUCUCAAAAUGCUAGCCAAGCCGAUGAGGAGUACUGCACCCCGGAAGAAUAUCAAGCACAACAAAAGUUGGAAUUGGAAAACACGCAUAAAAAGGCAUUACAGGAGAAACAAGCCGAAGUGCUUGAUUUAAAGAAACAGAUAAAGAAACUAACGACCGAAAGAGAGGAAAAUAUGAAAAAAAUUAAAUCAUUGUCAAGCAAACUUUCAUCAGCUGGAAAGUUCGAAAGCGAAUUACGUAGAUAUGAAAAUGAAACCAAACGACUACGAAACGAUCUAGAAUCAAGCGAGCGUCGCAACGAACAGCUGAGAAAAGACAUUGAUAGACACGAGGAUGAAACUAGGAAACAACGUCAGUUAUUAAAUGAAGAGAGAUCAAGAAGAGACACGACAGAUUUAACAGACGGCAGUAUAAGGCGUUUUCAUGAAGAUCCGUACACAGCAAGUACCGAGGUACAUGGGUCCGAAAUUGAGAACGAUGGUAACACUAGAUCCCGGAAACAAAUACAGAUGACAGAUCAGCAAACUGGACAGAACAAGACGGGACUAAUACGUAGAUCCAGUAGUGACAUGGUAUCGUCCAAUCCAGGCCUUGAAAAGGAAACAGAUUCAGGGAACAUGGCAGGGAACCCAAAUUCUGAAGAAACAUUAGAAAGGUUUAAAAAGAUAGAAAAAGGCGCUACCAUUGUACAGAAGGAAAAUGAUGGGUAUAGGAGAGAUAUAGCACAACUACAUAGAGAGAGGAAAUCACUUCAGGACAAGACAGAUAAUCUACAGAGGACCAACGAGGAGAUGGCAUCAGUCAUGAGAGAUCUACAACGGGACAACGAGAAACUGAUACGAGAAAUGGGUAAGAUAGCAGGGCAAGACAACUAUAAUUCGGAUCUCGUCAAAGCACGUAAAGGAGAGAGAUACGACAGUGACCAAAAUGAUGGCUACGAAAGAGAGAUAGCACGGCUAAAAAGGGAGAGAAGAACACUCCGAGAAGAGAUCGACUCUCUGCGGAGGAAACAUCAGGAUACGUCAUCCGCCAUGAGGGACCUACAACGAGAUCAUGAUGGGCUGACAGAAGAAUUUGGCAUUAAAGAACAAGAAACUCACGAGAUGAAAAAAGCCUUGGAAGAAGGUCAAAAUCCGGAACGAAGAUCAUUAGUUAUGAGAUUGCGACGCGGAAAUCGUACAGGAAUAGACAGAACUACGGGGGAUAUGUUUUUGAAGGAUCUAACGAGGAACCUUAAAGAAAGAUUAGAUUCAGACAAUAUCGACUUUUCCAUUAGUAAUACGCCAUCAAGCGCACGCAAUGGACCUGUGUUUGUGCUGUGUUUAAAUACAGACGUUCAGGUCGCCCAAGGAGGGAUCAAAGGUAAUAAAGACACGUACAUCCUUGCACUUCAUCACAUCGACGAGGAAAAUCUGUCGCUUCUUACACCAACGGGUGACAAUAUACCCGGAAAUGAUAUAGAGAAGCUUGGUGGUAUUCUGGAUAUGGCAUUCAGCUGUGACAAUAUACUUUACGAGUGUGACCUCAAUAACAGCGCUGCUGAGAAAAUAAUUACCAUCCUGAAACAAUACUGA